AUGGCAAUAUCCCACCAAGAAACACUUGGUUUGUUCCUUUUAAUGAAUGUUCUGUUUUUCCCAAUUGGUAGCCUUGGUGACGUAUGUCCUUUGGAUACGCUAAAACUAGGUGCAUGCGCGGAUGUGCUCAACGGACUCCUCAAUGUCAACAUAGGUAAACCUCCUGUAACCCCGUGUUGUAGUCUUUUUGCGGGUCUCGUUAACCUUGAGGCAGCUGUUUGUCUUUGUACUGCGAUCAAGGCCAAUGUUCUCGGGAUCCAUCUCAAUGUUCCACUCUCCUUGAGUCUCCUCCUCAAUGUUUGCGGCAAGAGAGUUCCUAAGGGCUUCAUAUGUGCCUAA